AUGUCUUCAAUUUGGUUAAAUUAUUAUUCACAAUAUCAACAAUUAUCUCAACAUUUAUAUAAAUUAUUUGCAUUAGCAUUAAAUUUAGAUGAACAUUUGUUUGAUAAUAAAAUAAAUGAACAUCAUUGUGCAUUAUGUUCACUAUUUUAUCCAUCAUUAUUAUCAUCAUUACCACAAAAUCAAUAUCGGUCAAGUACACAUACAGAUUAUGGAUCAUUUACAAUAUUAAAAGAAGAUUCAAUUUAUGGUUUACAAAUACAAAAUCGUUUUAAUGGAAAAUGGAUUGAUGUACCUUUUAUAGAAAAAUAG